GAACCGCAAACGCAGAAUUAUUUGAAAGAGAUGAUAAGGAUAUUGUGAAGAGGGAAUAAGGCGUCUAAUCAUGACUACAGAAGAUGAAACGGAAAUGAUUCUCCUCCUCAAUCCUUUUAAGAUUGGAAGCUUUAGCCUCUCUCACAGGAUAGUUUUGGCACCCAUGUCCAGACUGAGAUCUUACAACUUUGUUGCUCAACCUCAUGCCAUUUUGUAUUAUUCCCAAAGAACAACACGAGGUGGUUUCUUGAUCGGAGAAGCAGCUGGCAUUUCAGAGACUGCUCAAGGCUAUCCAAAUACUCCUGGCAUCUGGACGAAAGAACAAGUGGAGGCAUGGAAACCAAUUGUGCAUGCUGUUCAUGAGAAGGGGGGCAUUUUCUUUUGUCAAUUAUGGCAUGCUGGUAGAGCUUCUGAUUAUUGUUUCCAACCUAAUGGGCAGCCCCCAAUCUCUUGUACAGACAAACCAAUACAAGCUAAGACUCACAUUGAUGGCACAACAGAAGCAGCUUUCCCAGCUCCUCGUCGAUUGACGAUCCAUGAGAUAAAACAAGUCGUAAAUGACUUCAGAAAGGCAGCAGGAAAUGCUAUGGAAGCUGGUUUUGAUGGAGUAGAGAUUCAUGGAGCUAAUGGGUAUCUGAUUGAUCAGUUCCUCAAGGACCAAGUGAAUGAUAGAACAGAUGAAUACGGAGGGAGCUUAGAGAAUCGUUGCCGCUUCCCUCUGGAAGUAGUUAAAGAAGUGGCUGAUGAGAUUGGAGCUUACAGAGUAGGCGUAAGACUUUCUCCCUUUGCCGAUUACAAUGACAGUGGGGACUCAAACCCUGAAGCCCUUGGGCUUUACAUGGCCGAGUCCUUGAACAAAUACAGGAUUUUGUACUGUCAUAUGAUAGAACCAAGGAUGAUCACUCAAUUUGAGAGUCAAAAAACAAAGGAUAGUCUCUUGCCAAUGAGAAAGGCGUUCAAAGGAACGUUUAUAGUGGCCGGUGGGUACAACAGAGAAGACGGAAAUGAAGUGGUUGCUAGGGAUGGUGCUGAUCUUGUUGCAUUUGGACGCUUGUUUCUGGCUAACCCUGAUUUACCAAGGAGAUUUGAGCUUAAUGCUGCGCUUAACAAGUACGAUAGAAACACCUUUUACACUCAUGAUCCUGUUGUUGGUUACACAGAUUAUCCACUUCUUGAAACCGACAACUAAUUUCCUUUUAUACAUAAUAAUUUAUUGCAUAUGAAAGAACUCCGUUUGUGUAUUUAUUUAUCAAAAUGAUAGUGAACAAGGGAUGGUAAGAUCUUCUCCAAAGUGUUUUUAUUUUUCUUCUCUCUGAAGUUAUGAUGUCCACUUACUGUUGAUGCAUUUUGGAUAGAACUAUGAAAUGGAAAAGCUGUUGUGUUAAUAGAAGAUUUGUUUGUGCAUAACAUCUGGGCACAAAGAAUAGGAUUGCCGAUGAACUUCAUUUCUCUUUUGUUGGUUUGGUAAUUGACAGCUUUUUUUUUUUUUUUUUCCUUUUUAUUGAUUACAAACAGACAAAAAGGUUAGGGCCAA